AUGGCUGAUCUCAAAUGCAUAAGAAACAGUUGUGCCUUAUCAAUUCUCCUUCACCACUAUAAAACCCUGCAUCAACCUCCAGGAGCAUCGUUCCAUAGUUCUCUGCGCCACUUUGUAGAUUUAACUCCGUCCGACCUUUUCUCUGAUCCAGGACUCCAUCAUAAGCCAAACUCCUAUUGCUCGUCUAUGGCCCCACGGAGGAAAUUCUCUGUUUCAGCAUCUUCAUUGAAUGGUGUGCGGCCGAUGCGAAAAGUGCUGUUGGAGAAGAUACGAAGACAGUUUAUUAGAACCGUAAGGAGCUCAUGA